AUGAAUACGCGGCCCGCGAUCGAUGAGUCCUCCGGACCGGCUGUGUUGUCUGCCGCGUUCAACAGCGACAACAGCUGCUUCUCAGCAGCCCUUGAAAAUGGGUUCCGAAUUUUCAAUGCAAAGACCUGCGACAUGAAAUCUGCCAGAGAUCUCGGAACGGGUAUUGGCUGUGCGGAGAUGCUGGGUACAACAAAAUACAUCGCACUGGUUGGCGGGGGGAAACAGCCCAAAUUCCCACAAAACAAAGUUAGCAUGACUGAGGACUCUGGCGAAGAGUGGCUGCUGGUGCACCGAGAGGCUGACAGGCACAAGGUCAUCAUCUGGAACGACCAGACCCAAACUGCCGCCCUAUCCCUCGAAUUCCGGACACCAGUCCAGCGAGUACGCCUUUCGCGCGGCUACAUAGUAGUCGUCCUCCUAAACAGCGUCAACCUUUACAAGUUCUCGAGCCCACCUGAGAAGAUUGCUAUAUUCGAAACCACCAACAACCCAUUCGGUCUAUGUUGUCUGGGUGAGAAGGUGAUGUUAUUUCCCGGAAGGACCCCAGGCCAAGUGCAGCUGGUGGAGCUAGCAAAGCGCAACGUGAGCAUCAUACCGGCCCAUGGGAACCCGUUGAAGGCAUUGGAGUUGAGCAAAGACGGCGAAGUGAUAGCCACUGCAAGCGAAACUGGGACACUGCUUCGGAUAUGGUCAAGCACCAACUGCACUAAGCUCGGUGAAUUGCGCCGCGGACUUGAUCCGGCAACAAUCUUUUCUCUGUCCUUCUCUCCGGACAGCACGCUCUUAGCCGUGACGUCAGAUAAAUGUACUUUGCAUAUAUUUGAUGUUCCCCUUCCUAAACACCUGGAACAAGUAUCCGUGGACAGGUCCCGCAACUCUCCCACGCCCUCCGGUACAGACGCAGACACGGGCCCUACGAACAAAUGGGGCGUUCUUUCGAAAUUACCACUCCUACCGCGAACGUUCUCCGACACGUACAGCUUCGCUAACUGUCCAUUUGAGAUUGGAGACGAACCGUUGGGCUGGGGUACCGGCAGUCGAGGGGCCAGUAAGUCGCCAACAUGGAAUGCCCCGAUUCCUGGAGUUCCCGGAGGAAGGCCCACGAAAGGCCUUAUCGGUUGGCUCAGCAAUACAUCUCUUCUGGUCAUCGGUGCUGGCCACGAUGCAAGAUGGGAGAAAUUUGUUGUAGGCCUGUCCCAAGAAGGGAAACGGGUCGUUUUUAGAGAAGGCUGGAAGAAGUACCUAGACUGA